AGCGAAAUUGUUCACUAUGUAUGCUCUCUUUUUAUCUGUGAUCGCAUGUGCGGUCGUCGUAUCUGCGAACCAAUACAAUGAUUAUGGUACAAUUUCUCACUAUCCUGGACAUCAUUCAAACAAUCGAUACUCUACUUCUGACUCAUCGGAUUCUUCUGAGAAUGAAUUAAAAUCAAGAUCGAACUCAGAUGAGCGUUACCCAGAAUAUCCAGGUGUAUAUGCGCCACAACCACCUGCAACGAACUACGGUACCAAUGGAAACGAGUAUAGACCACCAAACAAUGUAUAUGAACAAAAUGAGUAUGAACAAUGCAAGGAAAUCAAACACUUUUCUGUUCAUAAGCACAGAACCGCUCGUGCUGACAUCAAAACAGUAGAGCGUAAGGGGAAGACCUACAACAUUAUCGCCUGUCCAAACAGUGGAAAACCAUAUGCCCUUGUAGCAAAAAAGGAAGGAACAGACGCAUCUUUCAAGUUUGAGACAGAAUUCGUCAUUCAAGACACUAUUCUCCUUGCAUCGGGAUAUAAUUUCGACUACGUUGCGAAAUGCGACGACAAAAAUUUUGUUGGAAAAUCAUUCAACGACAGAGAAGUAGCAAUCCGAAAAGUCACAUGCGUUGAACUUCCCGGACCAAGACCAUUGACAGGAUUUUAAUGAUUCUGUUUAUUUAAAUGUUUUACGAGUUUUUGGUUGAUAAAGUUUAAAGUC